UACAGAGCUCAUUAACUGAUCUGGCGGAGUGAUCUUACACAUGUAAAGGUCCCGAGGUGACACAGACAGCGGGCACCGACAGCUAGCACACAAAAUUCAUGCCUGCAGUAAUAAUAAUUAUCAGGUAGCGGGCUACUUGUCGUUUUUUAGCCAUAUACACGGGCGGACACAUCGAGACAGCCGGGACCAUGGAAAGAAAAAGCCUGCCUGUUAAGCGUAUUCUCAACAAGCCCCAGAUAUUCCGCGGUAGCCCUCAUACUGAUGUGAAUGCCAGCCACCCCCGGGCUGGACAGUCACUCCUGACCAAAGGGCACCGCAGCAGGCACAAGCAUCUCUAUGACGUCAGCCAUCAAAUAAGGGCCAAGCCUGAUUUAAACACAACACUACCAGUUCGACAGACAGCUUCCAUCUUCAAACAGCCAGUGACCAAAGUAACAAAUCACCCCAACAACAAGGUGAAGACAGACCCUCAGAAGGCUGUGGAACAGCCAAAACAACUGUUCUGGGAGAGGAAAUUGAGCGGGUUAAAUGCAUUCGAUAUAGCAGAAGAGCUGGUCAAAACUAUGGAUCUUCCCAAAGGCUUGCAGGCGGUGGGGCCUGCAUGUUCAGACAAAACGCUGCUGUCUGCAAUCGCCAGCGCCCUGCACACCAGCCCAGCGCCCAUCACUGGGCAGCUCACUGCUGCAGUGGAGAAAAAUCCUGGAGUCUGGCUCAACACCACACAGCCUCUCUGCAAAGCCUUUGUAGUGACUGAUGAUGAUAUCAGGAAGCAGGAGGACCUGGUGCAGAAUGUGAGGAGGCGGCUUGAAGAAGCCCUUAUGGCUGAUAUGAUGGCUCACAUAAAGGACACCGCUGCAGACAUAGCAGCCGAGAAAGCAGAGGUGAAGGGUGAGCAGGCGGAUAAGGAGGAAUUAUAGCCAAGGUAUACAGAAAGGCAGUAUAGCUGAAUUUCUCUUGGUUCAUCACUUACUACUUUUUUCUUUUUUCUUUUUUUUAUAAACAUGACCCACAGUACAUUCCUAAGCAAGCAACUCUUCCAUCUCUCCCACAGACUUGUUUGCGACAACUUUUGCUGGUAAAGUCUUAAAUGCUCAAAUUAACGGCUCCAUGAAGGUUUGUAUGCAGUUAAACUGAAGCAGACUUUAUAUGCAGACAUUCUGCAGAUUUUGCUAACCUAAACAAAGACUGUUGUCUUUAAUAUUUUUACAUAUGACAGUAUAAUCCUGAAAGGGUGCUCUGAGUUUUCAUUUUUACCUCUACUAAAGUCCGGCAGCUGGUUAUGGUGCUCUACACAAUGCAGUGUUACAUUUAGUUAACAGCUGUUUAAGCUCAGUGUUGAAAACGCAAACCUUUAUGUAUAUGAGUGAUGUGUGUUAUGUUUUUAAUUGGUUUAAAGAAGUGUUUUACUUCCUGCUGUUUUUUUUUUUUUUUUCUUUUUUCUAAAUAUUUUACUGACACUGUAAGUUACUGCAUCAUGUUUGGAGGCAUAGAAAUGCUGCAGUAUUUUUACAUGGCUGUCAAUGACUAUUACAGGUUCUAUGGUUCAGACUGUUUUUUGUCACAAUAACUUGAGUUUACAUAGCUUUGAACAUGAAGUCAUGGUAUUUGUAUUUUCAGUGUUGUUUUGACAACUGCCAUUGAGUUUCAGUAAAAGGUGUGUUCCCUCAGAUAAUUCAAACACACUGUUGAUGUACUGUUUGUCAAAUAAAAGCAUCUCUUGUGCAUCCUC